AGUAAGUUUAAGACAUUGUUUGUGAACGCGAAAUUUGGACAAAUAAGUGUGAAAGGAGAUCGUCUGGAAGACGAGAGAGCCCAAACAUGGCGUUUCAGCUGUCGACUGUUUCCACGUUGUACCGGAGCUGACCGAGUCGCGACGCCAGCGCGAACUACCAUUUACGCGACUCCCCUUCUUCAUAUUAUCGGAUCCAUCCUCUCGUCUUCUCCGUACUACGACUCGUCCUCUCUCGCCUUCAUCCCGCUGAUUGAUUCUCUUCUUGACUUCUCCAACGAGAUCGUCUUGCUGUUUCUCUGGAUUUCUCAGUUUGGCAGGUUUAAUUUUGGUUCCUAUCUGAAGCAUUAGUCAGAAAGUGCUAUUGUAAAGGCUGGUCAUUUGGUCUAUCACACCGUAAUGACUUGUUUCUCAUUUUUAUUCGGUAGGAGGGCCGGUUCAUCAACUAAACAGUCUACUGAAUUUGAUGAAGAGCUUUCAGGAGUCCCUAAUGUUAAUCUCUACACAUAUAAAGAGCUACAAAUUGCUACGAGUGAUUUUAGCAUGAUCCAUAAAAUUGGUGAGGGUGGUUUUGGUUCUGUCUAUAAGGGAAGGCUUAAAAAUGGAAAGAUUGCUGCUAUAAAGGUUCUUUCAGCUGAAUCAAGACAAGGAUUACGGGAGUUCUUGACAGAAAUUAAAGUGAUUUCAGAUAUUGAGCAUGAAAACUUAGUCAAGCUCUAUGGAUGUUGCGCAGAAGGGGAUCACAGAAUUCUGGUCUACAACUACCUUGAGAAUAACAGCCUUGCGCAGACACUACUUGGUGGACAUCGUUGUAAUAUCCAGUUUAAUUGGAAAAUACGAACUAGAAUUUGCAUUGGAGUCGCACGAGGGCUUGCCUAUCUUCAUGGGGAUGUGCGACCACAUAUUAUUCAUCGAGAUAUCAAAGCUAGCAAUAUUCUCCUUGACAAAGACUUGACUCCCAAAAUUUCAGAUUUUGGCCUUGCGAAACUUAUUCCGGACAAUAUGACUCAUGUCAGUACACGUGUGGCAGGAACAAUAGGUUAUUUGGCACCAGAAUAUGCAAUAGGAGGACAGUUGACGCGCAAAGCAGACGUAUACAGUUUUGGUGUUCUUCUUGUGGAAAUAGUUAGUGGGAGAUGCAACACAAAUACACGAUUGCCUAUUGGAGAACAAUAUCUUCUUGAAAGAACAUGGGUACUUUAUGAGAAAGUGGAGCUCUUGGGGCUGGUAGAUGCAUCACUAAAUGGUGAUUUUGAUGCUGAAGAAGCUUGCAGGUUCUUAAAGAUCGGUCUUCUCUGCACGCAAGACUCACCCAAGCUACGACCUUCCAUGUCUAACGUGGUCAAGAUGUUAACCGGCGAGUCUGACAUAAACAAAAUUGAGAUUACAAAGCCCGCUCUAAUCUCUGAUUUCAUGGACCUCAAAGUCAACAACGCUCCCAAAAUCAGGCCCAAUGCAACCACAGACACUUGUGCAUCUAGCUCUGACAACUUUGAGAUUUCUACCUCUUUAUUUGGAACUUCAUCGAUCCCAACUAUGACCUUUACUGCAAUAGAUGAUCGGAGUGAUUGAUUUUUUUGUUUUUUGGGGGUUCAUUAUUAGAGAGAUAGAAAGAAAGAUAUUUCUGGAAGAGUCAUUUUGGGCUUUCACAAGGCUUGUUAAUUUUGUUGUAUGAUCUUACUUUUCCAUUAGUAGGUGGCACCUACAGCCAGGAAAGCUCCCCUAUCUGUAUAAACUUGAUGGUUCUUGUUGUAAAUAAGGACGGGUUAUAAUGAAUGGGGAAAAGAAAAUUUGAACUA